UUAUCGGAAUGGAGGCGAGGGACUCCGCCCAGCGGAAGAGAAAUAGUCUGAGGGAAAGGAUAGAUCUGAAAAGGAAGAAAAGAGCAGCUUCGUCUCUGCCAGGGUUUCCUCGACACAUGAAGGAGGAAAGAGUCUGUAAAUAAACCCGAAGUGAGUCCAGCAGUGAACUAUGGAACAGUUUAUUGAAGACUCCAGCCUCGAGGGCUGGAAGAGGAUUGGCUCUGGAGGUUUCGGACACAUCUACAAAGCCAGGCAUCGUCAGUGGGCCUAUGACGUGGCCAUUAAACUGCUUCGUCCUGACGACGGGAGCAAUGAGUCUUUGCUGCGUGAGAUUGAAAUGAUGCGUCAAGCCACCAGCCCGUAUGUCAUGGCUGUCCGAGGGGUCUUCAAGGGUCUACCGCCAAACGCCACGUCUGACUUGUCAACACAGCUUGGUGUGGUCAUGGACCUCAUGAAGAGAGGAUCACUGGCCUCCCUACAGGAAGCCUUGGAUGGACCUCCACCCUGGCCGCUGGUCUUCAGACUGGCUCACCAAGUGGCUCUGGGUAUAAACUUCCUCCACAGUCUGACCCAUCCCAUUCUCCACAAGGACCUGAAGCCCCAAAACGUGCUGCUAGACGACUCUCUCAAUGCCAAGCUGACAGAUUUUGGCCUUUCCCGGAUUUCCUACAGCGUUGCACAGGUUUCCAGGAAGGACGAUGGAUGGGGGACGACCAACUACAUGCCCCCGGAGGCAUUUGUCUUAUCCUACAAACCUAAACGAGCCUCUGAUAUCUACAGUUAUGGGAUACUCCUUUGGUCCAUUCUCACAGGGAAACAACCAUAUAAGGAUGCAAAAGCCGCCAUAGUGGAGGUUCAAGUCCCAAAAGGACAGCGUCCACCAAUAGAUGAUAUUAAGGGUGAUGCUGCAGGGUUGACAGAGUUGAAAGAACUGAUGAAGAGAUGUUGGGACGAAAUACCUGAAGAAAGGCCCCAAGCCCUUGAGUGUACAACCAAGGCAGAAAAACUAUAUCAGAUGCACGAACAUGCAAUUUUUGACGCUGUCUAUGAAGUGCUGAAGAAACUGGAGCAAAAGGAAAAGGAAGACAAGGGAAUAAAUGAGCUGUUUCAAAGAACUCAAAUUGCUAAGGCUUCAGAGAGUGACCGUUUUGAAGAAGAGGAUGUUGUUGAUAACAUUCGGAAAGGUCCCCCGCCAAUUCAGGAGCAAAAGGAAGAGGAAGACAAGGGAAUGAAAGAGCAGUUUCAAAGAACUCAAAUUGUUCAGGAUUCAGAGAGUGACCGUUUAGAAGACGUGGACGUUGUUGGUAACAUUCGGAAAGGUAACCCGCAAAUUCAGGAAGAAAAAAAGGUGACACCUCAAGAGGUCCUCUUGGGGACUCUAGAACAUUUGGGAGCUGAAGAAUUUGAAACAUUCAAGUGGUACCUGGAGCAAAAGAGGGUCCUAGCACCCUUUCCAGCAAUCCCAAAGAGUCGACUAGAGAAUGCAAACAGGGUGAAGGUGGUGGAUCAGAUGUUCCAAACAUACAGCAUGAACACAAUUGAAGUGACCAGAAUAGUUUUAGAGAAGAUGGAUCAGAACAAACUAGUGGAGAAAAUCUUAAAAUACAAGACACAAAGUAUUUCACUUUAAUAAAAAGCAAGAAUGAGCUAAAUAAAUAAAUACUAUUAAAUAAAUACUCUUGUCCAAAAAGGAGUAGGAACAAGCAAAAUGCUUUUUGGGUCCUACCCUUUUUGAAAUGUCCAUACCAUUAUCAAAGGGUUUUUUAUCUAUUGUUUUUCAAUAAACAGCCAUAUAACCCUACAACCAAAAACAUUGUGUUGUGUUUCGAGCACAAAUUGUGGUCUAGUAUCACUUCCAAAAAACAAAUUUUCAUAAACUCUUUCUAACAUAUUAUUGUAAAACAUCACAAAUUCUAAUGUAUUUCCCUUUUCCCAAACACCAUACAUUUAGUUUUUUUCAGAUUUAUUGAUAAUUAGUUUGAGUCAAACCACAAUUUCAGCUUCCCUAAUUCUUUUGAGACAACGUACAGCCGCUGCUGUAGGUUCUCCCCAGAACAAAAAAUAUUGGUGUCAUCAGCAAAAACAAUCCAUUUCACAAUACUAGAUACUUUACUAUACUAUAUCACUGAUGUAUAAAAUGACUAAUUUAGGACCAAAUAUUAACCCUUGUGGCACACCACAUGUAAUAUCUAAAUAUGUUGAGUUGUAAUCCCCCAUUUGUACAAAUUGUUUUCUGUUUUCAAUAAAACUUUUUAA